CAGACCCUGUACCCUCCGGUUGCUGGCAGGGACUCUGACUCAUUAAGGGAGAGCUGAGUGUCAGCAGAGCGGGGAGACAUCAGCCUCCUGGAGGAAUUCCCAGCAGUGCUGCUCAUAGCACCACUUGGCCAGAUGGAGAUCAGCAUGGGGGUCUUGGAUGAGAAUGCCACCAACACCUCCUCCAACUUCCUUUCCGUGCUCUCUCCCCGUGGAGUGCAAGCUGCUUCCUUCCCAUUUAACUUCAGCUAUGGCGACUAUGAUAUGCCCUUGGAUGAGGAUGAGGAUGUGACCAAUUCCCGGACUUUCUUUGCGGCCAAGAUCAUCAUUGGCAUGGCCCUGGUGGGCAUCAUGCUUGUGUGUGGCAUUGGCAACUUCAUCUUCAUUGCUGCCUUGGCCCGUUACAAGAAGCUGCGUAACCUCACCAACCUGCUCAUUGCCAACCUGGCCAUCUCUGACUUCCUGGUGGCUGUUGUCUGCUGCCCCUUUGAGAUGGACUACUACGUGGUGCGCCAGCUCUCCUGGGAGCAUGGUCAUGUCCUGUGUGCCUCUGUCAACUACUUGCGUACUGUCUCUCUCUAUGUCUCCACCAAUGCCCUGUUGGCCAUCGCCAUCGAUAGAUAUCUGGCCAUUGUCCACCCGCUGAGACCCCGGAUGAAGUAUCAAACAGCCACUGGCUUGAUUGUCUUGGUGUGGACGGUGUCCAUCCUCAUCGCCAUCCCUUCAGCCUACUUCACAACUGAAACUGUCCUCAUUAUUGUCAAGAGCCAGGAGAAGAUCUUCUGUGGCCAGAUCUGGCCUGUGGACCAGCAGAUCUACUACAAGUCCUACUUCCUCUUCAUCUUUGGCAUUGAGUUCGUGGGCCCCGUGGUCACCAUGACUCUGUGCUAUGCCAGGAUCUCCCGGGAGCUCUGGUUCAAGGCGGUCCCUGGUUUCCAGACAGAGCAGAUCCGGAAGCGGCUACGCUGCCGCCGGAAGACGGUGCUGGUGCUCAUGUGCAUCCUCACCGCCUAUGUGCUGUGCUGGGCGCCCUUCUACGGCUUCACCAUUGUGCGUGACUUCUUCCCCAUGGUGUUCGUGAAGGAGAAGCACUACCUCACGGCGUUCUAUGUCGUUGAGUGCAUUGCCAUGAGCAAUAGCAUGAUCAACACCGUGUGCUUCGUGACCGUCAAGAACAACACCAUCAAGUACUUCAAGAAGAUCAUGCUGCUCCACUGGAAGCCUUCUUACAAUGGAAGUAAGUCCAGUGCAGACCUUGAUCUCAAAACCAUCGGGGUGCCUGCCACCGAAGAGGUGGAUUGCAUCAGACUGAAAUAACUCAAUGGCCCUUUCAAAGUUUAAACACAGACAGGACCUUUGGGACCCUAACCAGUGUGUUUAGAUUCACACUAUCAAUUAAGAACUCUUGGUUUGCUGCAGAGGGCAGAGAAAAUGGACAACUAUAUGAACACUGUGUUCAAGGAGCUCAGAAUUUCUAAAACUGAUGUGACUAGAUACCAUCACCAGUGGCCAACAUUCAUUGAAUGUCUAAUUUGUGCAGAGUAGGCACAGAUGAAACUUAUAUAUGUCGACUAUGUUUAAAUGGCAAAAAGAAAUAGAGAUUAAACCAAGAAAAAUGUUGGAGCACAGACAGUCUGGAAUAAGGGAGUUUCCAGAAGAGAAUGCGAGUUGGCAUCUA